AUGCGUGAGAUUGGCGAAGGAACUCCUAUGCUUAUAGUUCAUGGCUGGGAGAUGGACGGCAAAGUCGAAGAGAUAGACUUUGAGCCUAUAUUUACCAAAGUUCCCGGAUUUCGCAGGAUUUAUGUGGACCUCCCAGGUAUGGGAACAACACCAGCAAAUAAUAUCAAAGAUCUGGACGACAUAUAUCUCCGCCUGGUGCAAUUCAUCAAAUCACGAAUGGGAAAGUCAAAGUUCUUGCUUGUGGGUUCAUCAUGCGGUGGCUACCUCGCCCGAAACCUCGCCCAAGUGUAUCAUGGGCAAGUCGAUGGCCUUUUAUUGCGAGUACCCCUCAUCGAACCAGAGGACAGCUUGCGAGAUCUCGAUACCGUUCAACCAUUGGUUGUGAAUGAGAAACUCAUGUCGAGCAUAUCAAAGGAGGACAAGGCGCUUCUCGGAAAUAUUCUCAUCCAAACCCCUCCUUAUAUUGAGUCUCUCAAGGCAAAAUAUGAAGUCGCUGUACUUCCAGCAUUAAAAGCAGCAAAAAGGGACGUGUUGAACCGGAUUCGGGCUGACACAAAGCGAUAUCAGUUAUCAGUCGCUUCAAAACACAGAAACUCCAAGUUUCUGGCACCCACACUUAUCAUAUGCGGUCGACAAGACGAGGUCGUAGGCUAUCGAGACAGCCUGCGCCUGUUAGAGCUCUACCCGCGAUCGACCUACGUCGUUCUAGAUCGCGGUCGACAUGAUCUUCCUAUUGAUGAGAAUGGGGUUUUCGAAGCUCUUGUCAGUGAUUGGCUAACUCGAGUUGAGGAGUGGCGCGAACACCGUCCGUUAUAA